AAGCGAAACAAGGCAAGGUUCGCCUGAGUAUUUUUUUUGCAGUCUGAGUUAGUGGCUUGACGUGUGGCCAUCGCAUUACAGGCCCUUUUAUCUUUGGAUCUCUGAAGCAAUAUGUGGGCAGACGAUGAAGCAGCGCCAUGGGACAUGGACGACACCCCUGCAGAGGGGGCUGCUGAAGAAGGAGCAGCUGAGGGUGCAGCAGAAGGAGCUGCAGCAGCUGCACCUGCAGAAAAGCAAAAAGUUAAAUUAUUAAAACUUGAACCGCCACAUUAUAAUCAUCAUUGGGUUCGUCCUCUCUUUCUAAAUUACGAUUACAUUUACUUGUAUAGACAAAAUUACUACAACGACGUAAUCGAUUAUUUGAACAAAAGGCAAAAGGGAUUGUUCCGUGAACCGCCGCGGGCCCAAGAAUGGGCCGAACGUGCAAUGAGGACCUACGACGAACGGAAUCUAGACAAAAGUCACAAACGAUCUGCGGACAUGAGAGAAAUAAUCAACAUGCGACACGAUCCUAGAUAUUACAGUUAUCACACGAGAGCGUACUAUAGCUUGAAAUACCAACCGAUUCUGUAAAUAUAAUUUUGAUAAAGCGAACACACAAACCGAUGUGAAAACAUCAACCGCGACAUAGAUCUAGAGUUCGUUGUAGCUUCGAUUUAUAAUCACUAACCGCCAUUGAUUCGUAUCUCUGUUCAACUGGAAAUUCGAAAAUAACCAUCAAAAAAAGAAAUACUUUGCUGAACAAUAAUUAUGUAUAUACUUUCAUGUAACUUUACUUAUUUCUUGUCACGCUAAAGGCUUUUUAUUGUAACGUAACGAACAACAAUUUUAUGAUUCCUCUCCUUUUGAUGACGAUUCGAAAUAUAUUUCGAAACGCAUUAAAUGUGCGUGCGUAUCGUGUACCGUCGCUGUAAAAAUAUACUUCCAUUUCUGAACAUACA